AUAUAUCCAAAUUAUUUCGUUACUCCCACCGACGCAGCCCCAAACAGUUUCUUUCGAAACUAUCAGCCUUUAUGUUAUGGAAAGAUGAAUGGGCGAAUAAACCAACUUUUUGUUGUCUUUCGUCCUCGUCUUAGCUUGGUCUGUAGAGCCAGAGACAUUGCUUAAAUUAAUCGGUUGGCGCGAUGGCGGUUUUCCCGAUAAGAAAAAAAUUCACUACACGCCCAAGUCACGUUUGAGAGGAGACCAGAACCCCUACGUAAAAUAUCUCGACGCACAAAAGGGUUCAAAGGGGAGAUCAUUGUGCAAGAUAAGUUAAACUGGCUCUCGGGGCCUAGAAAGGGGCCCGGGAACAACUUGGGCGCGUUGAACAUUCAGUUCAUGGAGAAGAACAAGCGGUGAUUUCAUGAAAUCGUUAAAACACUCGAUCAACCUGGUAGUUUAUGGUUCUCUUCCAAUUGUACUGCAAAGUAGCUACAUUUUCAUGGUUUAGCGCUCACUUCAUCAAAUAAACACUGUUUCUCUUGACUGAGAUUUUAUUUGAAACCCGAGCUCUGAAAGUUAAGGGAACUGUUUUGAUUUUUUUUUCUAAAACUAUAGAUGUACUUGUUUGCUUGUUUUCAGUAGAGAAUCACUUUUUUAACAUAUAAUGAUGGGAAAUUAUUAAUUGCAAUCGUUUCGUGCAGUAAUUCCUUAAGCAUAACUUUCAAAUGCUGCAUGAUACCUGCGCAAUGUGUCGUUCGACAGAUAAAACAAACAAACAAGGGGCAAUCACAGACUGAAUAUGAGUUCCAAAGUAAAUUUCAGUGUUUUUCUCGAGGUGAGGAAUUGAUUAGCUGCCGUUUGUAAACAUUUGUUGCUUUAAGUAAUUCGUGCUAACUGAAAAGUACUAGAAUGAAAUCUUUCUGCGCGGGAUGAAUUCAAACAGGCCUCCCCUGUACAACAGGUGUUUGUAGUUUACUUGUCACAGCCUUAACAGGUAUUGUGGGCAGUAGUUAGAUCAUCAUCUAUGUAUACAAACUUCUUGCAUCCGAGAAACCGCGUUAGUUUAAAGCUUUCACUGGCGCGUACAAAAUGUCACAAGAAUCGCUUCAGCAUCAUGGAGGUUGUCAAGUCGGCGGCCUUCCUCGCAUUCAAUGCAUGAGCUCCAGUCAACCUGACGGAGGAGAACUGGGGAUCUGCGGGAUCGUCAUCACUGUUCUUUGCUAUAUCCUCGUCGUGGUAACAUUUCCAUUUUCAUUGUUCUUUUGUUUGAAGAUAGUGCUGGAAUAUGAAAGAGCUGUGAUUUUCAGACUUGGGAGAAUACUCCCCGGUGGUGCCCGGGGACCAGGAUUGUUUUUUGUUCUACCUAAGAUUGAUCAGUACAGCAAAGUGGAUUUAAGGACCGUGUCAUUUGAUGUACCCCCUCAAGAGGCUUUGACACGUGACAGUGUUACAGUCACUGUUGACGCAGUGGUGUACUUCAGGAUCCAGAAUGCAACAGUGUCAGUGACAAACGUCUCUGACGCUCAGGGAUCCACCAAACUGCUGGCUCAGACUACCUUAAGAAACAUGAUUGGUACGAAGAAUUUGAGCGAGAUCCUGAUGGAUAGAGAGGGUUUGAGUUCUCAGAUGCAGUUGUUCCUGGAUGAUGCAACUGAUCCUUGGGGAGUUCGUGUGGAGAGAGUUGAGAUUAAGGACGUCCGCCUUCCAGUCCAGUUACAGCGUGUUAUGGCGGCUGAAGCUGACGCAACCAGAGAAGCCAAAGCUAAGGUUAUUGCUGCAGAAGGUGAAAUGACGUCAUCACGUUCUCUAAAGCAGGCCGCUGACAUAAUGGCGGAGACACCGUCAGCGAUGCAGCUUCGUUAUCUUCAGACGCUGAACACCAUUUCAGCUGAAAAGAAUUCCACCAUCAUCUUCCCAAUCCCUGUGGAUUCUAUGACGAGUUUUUUCAAGAAGUGAAAGUAACACUGGAAGUGUACGGAUAGAAACUUUUACACCUGAAACUUUUGUAAGUCAGUCAGUCGUAACUUUAUCAGCACAAGAUGUACUUGAAAACUUAUGUCCGUGUAACACUAUUAAGCAAGCUAUUUUGGCCAUUUUGCUUAAAUAGCAAUUUAAUUUUGCCUUACAAGGUAGUCGAUAACCGUGAUAACAUGACAUCUUUGAGGUAACAAUGUAAAGAUGGAUCUGUGAUAAAAAAGACCACAAAUAUAGAAACUUUUGUGAGACGAUAUCUUGCGCAAAAGGAAUUUAAUAUGGUUUUCGAUACAAGUCAAUAAAACCUUUUUUCUUUUAAAAUUGACUUUGUAAGCAAGAAGAUACGGCAAAGUGUCUUCUUUUUGCAGGUGGAGAGGAUUGUCAGAACGUGAUCAAUUAAAACAUUCAUCAUCGUAUUAAAAGUCAGUCAACCCAAGCAGAAAGCUGUUUAAAGGCAAAAGUCUUGUCAAUAACUACACCAAACUCUCCAUCCAGUUCUGGUAGAGUUGUAAUAAACAAAAAAUAUUAUCAAUUAUAGUUCCAAAAGUUGUUUUUCCUGUAUCAUCUGUAGAUAUGAGUUUUUCCUCCAUUUUUUUUUCAAUAAUGUAAUUGUGAUUUGUUCGGGUACAAAAUGUUUUGAUAACUAAUUUGUUAACGAUAAUAAUGUUACAGAUAUGGUUGUUAGUUUAAUUCUACAAUACAGUACAUAGUUAGGUAGCAACAAGUAAUCUGUAAAAAAUUCAUUCUAAGCUUCUCGUUUGUUAAGUUUAUGAAACCCUCUUUACUAUGAAUUGCUUCGCUGUAUUUUGAAAAACGACUCAAUUCUUCUGCUAAAAACUUUUGAAUAAAAAAAUUGCGAACAACUA